AUGGACCCUAAAAAUUCUCUCUCUAAGCUCACACGCACUAAUGCACCGCGAAAAACACACACACAUGCCAUUGGCACCAUACACUCCGCCGGAGAUGGUGAGGAAACGCCGGCCGGCAAAGAGGACGUCGAGGAGGAGAGUGAACGGCGAGAUGAGGAUGGCUGCCGUAGAAAAAUUGGAAAAAACUCGCGGUGUUUAGAGGUUGACGACGAGGAUGAGGAUGGCCGCCAUGAACACAUGUUGCUCGCUGGAAACCAGUCGUCUUCAGUUUCCGGUCGUCCCCCAUCACCGUCCUUCUCCUCCUCGUCGGCCGGAGCCCCUCCCUCAUCGCCGGCGGUGGUUGUGGUUGCUAGGGCAAUUUGGAUUGCCUGGGACGAUAAUUUUGUUGAUGUUGAUGUGGUCGAAUGUGGUACUCAAUUUAUCCACUGUCAUGUUACUACUCGUGCACCUCAUGAGUUGAUUGCUGUCAUUGUUGUUUAUGGAGCUAAUGAAGUGGCUGAAAGAAGGGCGCUUUGGGGAACCCUGGAGACUAAAGCUACCCAAUGUGUCGACAUCACAUGGUUGGUUGCAGGGGACUUUAAUGCAGUGCGAGAUCUAAGUGAAGUGUGUGGCACUUCCGGAGAUAUUCAAAUAGCUAUGGACGAUUUUAAUGCUUGUAUUGAGAAUGCAGGAUUACUCCCACUACCCAUGCAGGGUGAAUGGUUCACGUGGCAUAACCGCAGCGCGACACCACAGAACCUGUGGAAAAGACUGGACCGUAUGAUGAUAAAUGAUAGAUGGAUGGCUCGGUUCCCGAAUGCAUCUUAUUCUACCCUCACCCCACGCACCUCAGACCACUCACCGAUGGUGCUUAAUGGGGAUAGACAACAGCGAUUUGGAGGAUUUCUAGAAGCAGCACAGAUACUUGUUAGCUCGAGUAGACGAGACGAACUAUACAUACAACUGGAACACUGCUGCCGGCUUGUCUUGACCAAAGCAGCCAAAAUGGAACAAACAAUGCUACAACAACGAGCGAAAAUGCAGUGGAUGAAAGGAGGUGACCAAUGCUCCCGGGUAUUCUUCCGUAAGAUUGCUCAAAGGAGAUCGGCGAGGAGGAUCUUACAGAUCAAUGAUGAUCAUGGAGUCACCCAUUCUGAACUAGAAGAAGUAAUCAAUGAGUUUGUCACAUAUUAUCAAAACCUCUUAGGUGGGGAAAGACGACAAACUGUGAUAAAUCUUCGAUUCCUCCAACCUUGGGCUCGACACGUAUUGACUGUGGAAGAAGCUAGCUCUUUACUAUUACCAGUUACACCAGUGGAUGUCAAACAGGCGAUUUUUGACAUUGCAGAGGAUAAGGCACCAGGUCCGGAUGGGUAUUCAUCGGGCUUUUUCAAGGCUGCAUGGCCUAUAGUAGGGCAGGAGAUAAUAGUCCAACGGUUAAGUGUGAUACUGGAGAAACUUAUUAGUCCGGGGCAAGCGGCGUUUGUACCUGGACGAAGCAUUGGCGAUAAUAUUAUGCUGGCACAGGAGCUCUUUACUGGAUACAACCAGUCCCGUCUACCACCCAGGUAUGCCUUAAAAGUGGACAAUCGGAAAGCUUAUGACACGGUGGAAUGGGACUUCAUGAUUGCUGUGAUGGAGUUAUUUGGGUUCCCUUCUACUUUCAUGAAGUGGAUUGAGGUAUGUGUUACUACUCCCACAUUUUUUGUUGCGCUGAAUGGGAAACCUCAUGGCUUCUUUCCGGGGGCUAGGGGACUUCGACAGGGUGACCCUGUAUCGCCCUACCUAUUUGUGCUUGUAAUGGAGGUUCUACAACUGGGAUUAUUGCAACUGAUUGACCAGGAUGAGUUAUUUUCCUUCCAUUGGAAAUGUGACACAGCCAGAGUUUUUCAGUUGGGGUUUGCAGAUGAUGUAUUGUUAUUCUGCCAUGCUGAUAUGGACUCAAUUAGAGUCUUUAAGACAGGACUGGAUCGGUUUAAUGAAUGGUCGGGGCUCAGGCUGAAUGAACAUAAAAGCCACCUUAUUAUCUCACGAUCAGCACAAGGAUUGCGUCGGGGCUCAGGCUGA